AUGUCAGGGCCCCCGCAAGGGCCCGGGCCUGUAAGGCAAAUGAGUGUAGGAAAUGGACCACCCAGCGCAGGUUUACCACCACACAACGCCAUGCCUCCGCAAGGCGGUCCUCCGCCGCCAGGUGCCUCAGGGCCGCAGUCCCAGCAGAACUUGAACCAGAUUGUGGGUACAGCUCUUUUUCCUAUCAUCACGUCGUCUGCUAUUGUGGUGCCCGUACAAUUACGAAGAGUCUUGGAGUACCUCUCAAAAAAAGGCUAUGUUCGCACCGAGGCGAUGCUCCGCAAGGAGUCUGAACCGCAGACCAACGGCCAGCCGCUCACGGCGCAGAGUACCGAAGCAGGCGGCGCGAAAUAUACAAAAGCAUUCGAGCUUCUACGCAAAUACACCGAAGAUAACCUGGAUCUGUAUAGACCAGAGUUGCGAAAGCUGCUGUGGCCCGUCUUUGUGUACUCAUUUCUGGACCUGGUGCGCGACUUUUACACGAAAGAUGCGGAAACAUUUUUUGCAACGUACCAGGGCCUGUUUGAGCGCGACCACGACGAAGACAUCAAGACACUUCGCCAAGUGCGAUUACAAGCACAUCUGCAGGAGAGUCGAAUAGCGAAGCUGUACAUCGACAACAAAUAUCGGAUCACGCUAACGACCAUGCCAUUCUUCAACCUCAUUCAAUUUCUCGAAUCCAAGCAUUUUGACGGUGGUGCGACAAUAAUAGACGUGAUCCGGGAACACCUGAACAUCGUCACUGUCGACCGGACAGCCACCGCUGAGAAAAGCAUUGCAGCAAUUCUUGCGAGUGGACAUGGCGAAGACGAGCUCCCAGCGGAGGAUGAAGGUAUUCCAGGACACGCCCCAGGUCAUCCUCUUACUGCGCGCCACGAUCCCGAAGCGGAAGCUGCCCGAAUCAGGCUACAAUUAGGAGCAUACCCACAGGAGGCAGAUCUGCAGGAAGACGUCCGAGCAGCUCUACAAGACGAGGACGCUAAGAAUGCGCCAAGACCAGGACAACCAAGUCUGGUAGAGGAGUUUGAGCAACGCAUAAAACAGGAACCAACAGAAGACGGGCCUUCGCGUGAGUUUGUUCCUCUGCCUCCCUCUCUAGCGCGCGACGUCUCUAUGGAGGUUCAGAAGAUCAUCGAGCACCGAGAUCGCUACAAGAUGGAAGGCAGAACAGGCGGUGUUGGUCCCGCUGUCAGCGUGACCAUGUACACCUUUCAUAACACGUAUGACAGUAUCAACUGUAUCGACUUCUCUGGUGACAACCAGCUCGUCGCAGCCGGCAUGAACGAGUCCUACAUCCGCGUGUGGUCCAUGGACGGCAGUCCUCUCACCUCUCCGAACGACAACCCAGACACUCAGCCAUCGUCUUCCAGGCGGCUUGUUGGCCACUCAGGCCCUGUUACUGCGGUGGCCUUCUCACCCUCUACAGCAAAUCCGUAUCCUUCUGGCCCGCCCACAAACUCAGAAUGCCUUCUUUCAUGUUCGGAAGACAAGACCGUCAGGCUAUGGUCAUUAGAUACAUACACCUGUCUUGUAGCGUAUCGCGGACACGACAAUCCUGUCUGGGACCUGCAAUGGGGACCGUAUGGACACUAUUUCCUUACUGGUUCGAACGAUCGUACCGCGCGUCUGUGGUCAACAGAUCACAUUGAACCUCUACGCAUCUAUGUUGGCCAUGACAAUGACGUUGACUGCGUUGCUUUCCAUCCCAACAAUCUUUACGUAUUUACCGGCUCUUGCGACCGCACGGUGCGCAUGUGGCACAUCGCCGGUGGUAAUUGCUUGCGCCUCUUUACUGGUCAUACAGGCAAUGUAACUGCUAUAGCCUGUUCUCCUGAUGGCAGAACCCUGGCAUCCGCUGACGAUGCUGGCAACAUUAUCCUCUGGACUCUUGAAACUGGGCGAAGACGCAAGCGUAUGCGCGGACAUGGCAAAGGCGGGAUCUGGUCGCUUUCUUGGAGUGUGGAGUCCAGCGUUCUUGUCUCAGCCGGUGCGGAUAAGACAGUUCGUGUUUGGGAUGUACUGCAAGAGACUAGCGAUAAGGCUGCUGACGGUGUGGCUGCGAAGGCAGAUGGCGCCAUGACGACCAAAGGCGCAAGUGGCACCACAGUCACGGGAAAGAAGGCCAGCAAGGAGGCAGCUGCCAGCCCGACGCUUGACAUGAAGAUCAUUCAGCUUGCCGCUAUCUUCGGAGGUACUGCUCUCGCAGUCCAGCCUCUUGCAGCUCCUCAUGUCCAGCGCGCCCUCACAGACACGCACUCCAUGGUUGUUAUGGUCACGUCAACUCAUCUAGUCUCCGAGAUCUGUACGGAUAUCGCGAGCUGCCCUCCUUAUACUACAACUGCCCAGACAUCCGUCGUUUAUGUCACUGCAACAACAACAAUCUGUCUUCUCUCAUCCACACCUCCCGGAUAUGGACCACCUGCGACUACAGUUAAUCCUUCAUCCGUUGCCAGCUCUGCAUACCCCACCGAGCCUGCAGGCAUCACUGUCAGCACCAUUCCUGGGUCUUCGAUCUCUCCCACCGGUUCCGAAUACUCCAGUGGCUCUGCUCCUCAGUCAAGCGCUCUGCCAACGGACGUCUCCUCAAGCGCCUAUGCCACGGUACCUAGUGUGAGCGUAAUCACUCGGCCGGCGUCUUACAACGGCCCUGUCGUCGUUACCCUUACGUCUGUGUAUCCCGGGUCAAGCGUUGUCAUUGUGAUCCCUUCAUCUACCACCUUAGAUGUCGUCAGUUCGUUUUAUUCCGGUUCACCAACCUCACUCAGUCCUAUCGGCUCUUCGACUGGAUACGUUGCACCUCCUGAUAGCUCAUUGGUCUCAUCUAUUUCAUACCCAGGCUCUGUUCCCUCUGGUAGCUCAGCAACUCCAUCGUACAGCAACACCGAUGCAGUACCUAUCUCGUUGGUAAUUCCAUCUCUGGGACCUAGUUCCGGUAAUUCGGUUACUCCUUCGACGCCAGGCUAUGCUCCCUCCCGCUCAGCAACCCCACCUAGUAGCAAUACAGAUGCAGUGCCUACUUCCCUCAGUGCUACCGUUACUGAUUCAUCGUCGAGUGGAUACAACGUUCCUUCCAGCAUCUCGACUAAACAGUCAGGCUCUUACAUAGGUACCGUGCCGACUACCUUCACAGUCUCGUUACCCACAGGUCCAUCUUCAAGCGGGUAUGCAAUGUCAUCAAGCAAAUCGGCUAUCUCUUCAAGCCCUGCUGGUCUGUAUUCGAGUGGAUACAUUGUGCCACCGGGUAACUCAGACGUACUGACAAGCUCGGGCGCUGCUGUUCUACCUUCUUCUCCCACAGCCUCUUUGCCAAGUGCCAGCUCUGCUGGACCUUCCUCAAGCAGGCUCUUCACAGGCUCCGAGACGGAUGCUGUGCCCAGCUCUUUUCCGUCUGGUGGCCCAUCGGCUGGGCCUUCAUCAGGUAGCUACUUUGUUCCAUCCGACACUGCAUCAAGAUCUUCGGGUAUUGGCUCUGGUACAUAUCCGGCUAGAACGUCUGCGACAUCUGGUUACUCCAACCCCUCGCACUCAGCAGGCUUUAAAUCUACCGUCACCGAUAGCACGAUUAGGAUUACGAGCUCUCAGACGCAAACGUUCACCUCGUACGUCACUGCAGGACCUUCCUCCAAUGGGGCUGGCAGCAACACAAACACGGACACACAGGCUGUAGCGACAAGCUUCCCUUCAAGUGUUUCUGGUUAUCCCUCCGGAUCCGGUUACCCACACCCAUCUGGCGGCAUCAACGGUACGAUAAUUGCGCCCUCUCCCAGUUAUAUCGAAGUCCCUAUCAACACCGGUCAUAUCGUUGGUGCCGGAAAGAGCUCUCUCACAGCAAUUGUCGUCGCUCUCGUCUUCGUUCAUCUCGCAUGA